CCUCGGCCUCCUCGCUACGCCCCGUCACACGUGCCUGCGGCUCGGGGACCCCGCUCGGGGUCCUGUGCCCCCUCCCCGCCCCCAGCCGCGGCCGCCGCGCCUCGGGAAACAGCUUCAGAUGCGCAGCCCCGCCCCCGCGCACCCAUUGGCCGCUCACGCUUCGUCUGCCGCGUUUAUUGGCUUGUGCACACGUCCGUCUCGCGCCCUGGACACCACCUCCUUCCUGGCAUUGGAGGCGGAGGAGAAAGAGAUGGACACCCCAGACUCAGCUUCAAGGGUCUUCUGUGGCCGCUUCCUCAGCAUGGUGAACACUGAUGACGUCAAUGCCAUAAUCCUGGCCCAGAAGAACAUGUUAUAUUCAGAUGUGGUCAUGUAAACUCCCAGACAAAAUCAAACAGGAACCGCCCUGGCCCUUGGGAAUGACUUGGGUUUACAAGUAACAAGGAGCAGUCAGCUCGAGGAGUGAGUGAUGCUGAGAAAGGCGGCUCACAACUGGGACUCAUGUUCCAUGGGACCCACACCUUCUGGUGCUGUAAGCACUAUAUACACCUGUUCCAUAGAGGCACACAGGCCAAGUACAAAGUAGAAAAUAAGUCUGGGUCUGGUGCAGUGGCACACAGCU